AUGUUGGUACUUAGUUUAUUCGUUUUAAGUCUAGGGGUAAGUUUGGCAUAUGUGGAAUAUGACUUGAACGAAGCGGAAGAACUUUUCGAGAAAUUCAUUGUAGACUUUAAUAGAAAAUAUAAAGACAUGGAGGAAAAACAAAUGAGAUUUAACAUUUUCAAGGAAAAAUUGCAAAAAAUAAACGAGGGCAAUAAACAGCACGGCCACGAAGUUUUUGGAAUCAACAAGUUUGCCGAUUUAUCGGAUUCUGAAUUCAAAAGCAUAUACAGUUGCUACAAAGUCAACGAAAAGGAGGGUAGUCCCUGUGUUCCUCCCAAACGUUACUCCCAUCGAAGAACAGAGGUACCGGACAGCUUUGAUUGGCGCGAGAAGGGUAUAGUUAACGCCGUGAAGGAUCAAGGUCAAUGUGGCUCCUGUUGGGCGUUUAGCACUGUGGGCAACGUGGAGAGUCAGUACGCGAAAAAAUAUGGCGCUGAUCAAUUAACAAGUUUAUCUGAACAGCAAUUGGUGGAUUGUGAUAGGAAUGCGACUGAUAAAGGUUGUAGAGGGGGCGUUAUGACAGCCGCAGUGCUAUAUCUUAUGAAAGCUGGUCUCAUGACGAAUGCAGACUAUCCAUACAAAGCGUCCGAUGGUCAAUGCCAGUAUGACACAAAUAAGGUGAAAGUUAAGGUCACUGGCUGCGUGGACUUUACUGGUACUCCUGAAGACGACAUCAGAGCUAUCCUUGUUGAAAACGGACCUCUUACCGUUGCCCUUUCUACAGAACCACUUGCAUCUUAUAAAUCAGGAGUUGUCGAGGAUUGUUACCAGGAUGAUGUAAUAAAUCAUGCGCUUUUAUUGGUCGGUUAUGGAACAGAUGAGAAAACUAAAAAACCUUACUGGUUAAUCAAAAACUCAUGGGGAGCGGACUGGGGGGAGAACGGCUAUUACCGUUUGAUCCGAGGUGACCCACGAUGCCAGGUCGGCACGUACGAGUUGGUGACCUCUCAAGUGGCAUAA